GCUCCCGCCCCACCCAGCGCCAGACCACGCCCCGGCGCGUGACGUCAGCACGCCCCGUGCGUCGCGGCGCGGCGCUUGCUGGGGGCCCGGCUUUCGCCCGCUGCUGCCGCCGCCGCCGCCGGCCGCGGCUGCUCUCCCAAGAUGGCGGCUCCUCCGGGCGAGUAUUUCAGCGUUGGGAGCCAGGUGUCGUGCCGGACGUGCCAGGAGCAGCGGCUGCAGGGCGAGGUGGUAGCCUUCGACUACCAGUCCAAAAUGCUGGCUCUAAAAUGUCCCUCUUCCAGUGGAAAGCCCAACCACGCAGACAUCUUGCUUAUAAAUUUACAGUAUGUUUCAGAAGUGGAAAUAAUUAAUGAUCGGACAGAAACCCCUCCUCCCCUAGCUUCACUCAAUGUUAGUAAGCUUGCCAGCAAAGCACGGACGGAGAAGGAGGAGAAGCUGAGCCAGGCCUAUGCAAUCAGCGCUGGCGUCUCCCUGGAGGGCCAGCAGCUCUUCCAGACCAUUCACAAGACCAUUAAAGACUGUAAAUGGCAAGAAAAAAACAUCGUAGUCAUGGAAGAAGUUGUUAUUACACCCCCAUAUCAAGUGGAAAACUGUAAAGGCAAGGAGGGGAGCGCACUGAGCCAUGUACGAAAAAUAGUUGAAAAACAUUUUAGAGAUGUGGAAAGCCAAAAGAUACUGCAGCGUUCACAAGCCCAACAACCACAGAAGGAGGCUGCCCUGUCAUCCUGAGUCCGCAAACAUGGAGGACUCUUCCAGCAUCCAGCCACAGAGAUGGUGGUGGUGGCUUCGGCGGAGGCAGGCCGGGGGAGGGAAGGGAUCCUAUAUUUCCUGCUGACUCUUAUGAAAGAGUCAGUGUUUCAAAAAAACCUAGACUUGAACAAACACCCAACAAAAAAAGAACAAGAGAAUAAUUUAAAAGUUGAAUCAUUACUUGACUAACGGACUUCGGCUCACCAUGUCCUUUUCACGGCCCCUUCUGGAACAGUCAUCUUGUUAGUUUUAUUUUUUCAAGUUCCUUCCCACUGCCCUUCACCUGUCUUUCCUUUCCUAGUCUGUUCUGCCAUUUUGUUUUUCUAAGUGGAUAUACUUGCCUUCUGAAUGAUUGAAAGAAACUUUGACAUCUUUUCUUCCAAAAUAAAAGUAACAAGCUGACUGUGAUUCUGAAGUUGAGACCAGAGCAGAAGACAGAGGUCUCACUUUACAUUUUUCAUUUUUUUUCUUGACUUUUUUUUUUUUUCUUUUUUUGCACAGGGCAUGGCUUGAAUUAGUUUUAUUUUUCUUAACUUUAAAUAUAUAUAUGGAAAUAUAUAUUAAAAUGUUCUCUAAGUAUUUUCUGCUUCUUGCAGGUCUCUUUUUACUAGAUCAUGGCCACUCUUCCCACAUCAUCCCUCUGAAAACAAAAAUGUGUUGUCCUUUCUCCCACCCGGAGCCUGACGAUUAACUUGACUUAGUUCACAGUGAGGCCCUCCUGCAGCCCUGCAGAGCCAGUGUGCAGACAGGAUUUGACCUGAGGGUCCCGGGCCUUUCUGGUCUUUGACUGUGUGUACCUGUCUCACAUUUGGUCCCAACCUCAGGACUCCCUCUGCCUUUGUCUUCAUGGUACUAGACGAACUCUCUCUGUCCACUGGGAGUCGGCCACCCCUUCCCUGUGCCUCUGCAGGAGGGACUGACUGGCAUGGCACAUCUCAGCUCUUCCUCCUCUGGGCUGAUUUUCUCUUCUAAGAAACCUGGACUCGAUCUACCCUGACCUUCUUAAGUCUGUGUCCAGAGCCUCUAGCCCAGGAAAAGCUUGAAUAACCUCUAGUUUCUCUGCUACCAUCCUCCUACUCUUCUGCUCCCUCCUACCCCCGAAACCUUACAAGCUAAUGACAGUUUGUAUGUGCUCAGCCAAUGGGCAGAAAACCUGGAAAGAAUUUCUGGACUUUAGCCCACCAGUUUGCCUGGUUUGACUAACCUGCUGAGAGCCGAAACUGGUACUUGCUGCCCCUGCACCUCCAGGGUAGUCUCAUGGGGCAGAGUGCCACCACCUGAAUAUCAGGCACUGAGUGGGACGUGGGUGAUGCUCAUGUGACUGGCUAGAGCUUUGGGGGUAGGGUGGGGCUAAUUUUUUUGGCCAUGAUCUCUUUUCCCUUUUUUUUCUUUUUAAUUAAAUAAAUGGAUCAAAAUUAAAUAAUUCAAGCCCUGCCUUCAAAAUGGAAAAAACUUUUUUUUUUUUAGUAUUGUUUAGCAAAAACAAUAAACCCAAAUUUUUUUAACCAUCA